ACUAAUCCUAUAUGUAAGAGUAUUUUCGUAUUCUGCAAACAGUCAUGGAGCCUAAAUGGGAAGUUUUAAUUGCAAAUGCGGCUAAAUCGAUUGGAGAAGGACCUCAUUGGGAAGAGAAAAGUGAGUCUCUCCUCUACGUUGAUAUCUACGAUAAUUCGUGCAUGAGAUGGAACUCGAAAACUGGAGAAAUUCAAACGAGAAAUUGCGGACAAACUGUCGGCUUUAUUGUACCGAAGAAAGGAAAUACGGACGAAUAUCUACUAGGCCUGGGACAAACAAUUUCAAAAUUAGACUGGCAAACUGGAAAUUGCGAGGAAAUUGUUCGGGUUGAAGAUGGAUAUUCGACGAGGUUUAACGACGGCAAAUGCGAUCCUUUGGGCAAUUUAUGGGCUGGUACAAUGGGUUUUGAGACAGGACCCGCCACUGUAGAACCUGGCCUUGGCUCUUUAUAUAGACUAGAUAAAGAAUGCAAGUUGAGAAAGGAGAUUGGUAAAAUAUCAAUUUCUAAUGGACUGGCCUGGACAAUCGAUUUAAAGACAAUGUUCUAUAUCGAUUCUACGCCUAAAGAAUUAUACGCCUUCGAUUACGAUAAAGAAUCAGGCAACAUAUCCAAUCAGCGUACAGUUAUCAAAUUUGAUGAUGCAAUGGGAAGUCCGGAUGGUAUGACUAUAGACCGCAAUGGAUAUUUAUGGAUUGCUUUCUAUGGUUCUUACCAAGUUAUUCAAUUUGAUCCUAUUAAAGCAAAGAUAGUUCAGUCGGUAAAACUUCCCGCUAAACAUAUAACAUCGUGCUGUUUCGGUGGCGAAGACUAUUCAGAAUUAUACGUUACGUGCGCUAGACAUAAUUAUACUGCUAAAGAUAUGGAAAAAGAGCCGUUAGCCGGUUCAGUGUUUAGAAUAACCAAUACCGGUUCGAAGGGAAUGCCGCAAAACUCCUAUCCCGGUUAA